AUGUCCCUCCUCCGUCUUCGACUUGCCGCUCCUCCACCUACCAUGGACUACCUCACAGUCUUCGCCACUCGCAGCCUCGUCCUCUUCCCCCGCAGCAGCAGCACCGCCACACCCGUCCCUCCCGCCAACCACCAGCGCACGCUCUCCCCUCACCCCGUAGAGAUGCCCCUGUACGCGCUCAUGCGCGACGACACACACUGUGCAUGGUACCUCGUUGACCGUGUUCUCGAGGCGCCCCGUGCCGCUGGGGGCGUUGCUCGUGAGCUUGAGAUGGAGGCAGAGGUGCUGGUCUGGGAGCAGAUUGACCGUGCCAAGAUGUUUGGCCGUGCCCUGGCCCUGUUGUUCGGUAGCUCGAGCAACGUGAGCGAGGAAGAGUUGCGCGAGCUCGCCGCCAAGCAUGGUCUAGGGCUCGCGGUGCCGUCCGGCGGUCUCCUCCCAGUUGUCCAGCGGCACUAUCGGGAAGAGGCCGCACCCAUCCUCGCCUGAAGGUGAUCCGUCUCUGUCUCGCUCCCGCGUCCAUCUUAGCCGCCCAGGCCGCCCAUAUCUGCUCGAUCAGUCCUUCCUACCCAGAUCACCCACGCGAUACCCCAGUCCAAGCGCACCAUGUGACCCUACUCGCAGCCACUACAACACCAACUGAGCUCGAGUAAACACCCGAGCCAUGCUCUGGUCACCCUCGAUGCCCCAUGAUACCCUCGGUUUCCCUCCAGUUGACACGACCGCAACCACUGUAUCCCUUUGUCCAUAGCAAUGCAUGUUUGUUGG